GCGUUGCGGGAUUUUUAUGAGCAGUCCGGCAUAAUCCUGCAGACUAGUUGCACCGACACACCACAACAAAAUGGUGUAGUCGAGCGCAAACAUCGACAUAUACUGGAAACGGCUCGUGCAUUAAGGUUUCAGGCAGGCUUACCAUUGCAGUUCUGGGGAGAGUGCAUACUAACGGCUGUCUAUCUAAUUAACCGGUUGCCCACUGUUGCGACGGGUAAGACGCCAUAUGAAAUGUUAUUUAGUAGGCCAGCAUCAUAUGCUCAUCUACGGGUUUUUGGUUGUCUCGUUUAUGCGAAAGAUAAUCGUGGCGGCCUUCACAAGUUUGCGGAACGGGGGCGUGCUAGUGUUUUUCUUGGAUAUGCUGCAACCAAGAAAGGAUAUGUUCUAUAUGAUUUGGCUACGCAGAAACUGUUCGUUAGCCGUGAUGUUGUUUUUCACGAAACCCACUUCCCGUUUCACAGUCCGAAUCCAAGUGAAUAUCACUGGAUUCCUAGUGCGGUCUUCGAUGAUAGUCUGAUGUCGCAUCCUACCAUGGCUGGGGAGGAAAGUGACGAGACAGCUCCUGUGGUUGAUCCUCCGUCAUCCGCGUCACAGCCCUGUUCGUCCAAACCAAAUGGUUCGUCGUCUCCCAUGCUUGCGCCUGCUGAGCCACCAUGCUCGCCUCCUUUACACUCUUCGGGUUGCGAGGAGAAGUCCCCCAAGUCCAUUUCUCACUCGGGUCCUUCAAAUUCCAAGGAGAAGUCGCCGCAGUCCAUUUCUCCAGUCACUCAACCUCAAGUUGAGGAGGUUCUUGGACGUGGCCGUCGUCAACGUCAUCGUCCCAAAUAUCUAGAUGUGUAUGCCACUGAUGAGGAGUAUGAACAAUUAGCUUCCAACGUCAGGUACCCACUCUCUAAUUAUGUUUCUUAUGGUAAUGCUACACCUUCUUUUCGUGCCUUCCUUGCAGCAGUUACAAACAAUGAAGAACCCAAGACUUGGCAAAAGGCCAUUCUUGAUGCACGCUGGCGUGCGGCAAUGCGAAAAGAGGUGGCAGCCUUGGAAGCUACACAUACAUGGGUACUGGUGCCUCUGCCACCUGGUCGUCGUCUGAUCGAUUGUCGAUGGGUUUUCAAAAUUAAAUACCUUCCUGAUGGUACGAUUGAGCGAUUCAUAGCUCGUCUGGUCGCCAAAGGAUACACGCAAGUUGAAGGGGUAGACUACCAUGAUACAUUUGCUCCCGUCGCUAAACUUGUCACUGUCCGUUGUCUCAUAGCCGUUGCGGUUCAGCGGGGGUGGCAUCUUCAGCAGUUAGAUGUCGACAACGCGUUUCUUCAUGGUGAUCUUGAAGAAGAAGUUUAUAUGCGGGUGCCACCAGGUUUUCAGCAGCCAAGGGAUUCUCGCGUCUGUCGCUUGCAGAAAUCCAUAUACGGGCUUAAGCAAGCAUCUCGUAACUGGUACCACAAGUUCACUACUGCUUUGUGUGAAGUUGGGUUCCGUCCUUCUCCAGCUGAUCAUUCACUCUUUGUUUAUCGCCAUGGAGACUCUUAUGUCGCUGCGUUGAUCUACGUUGAUGAUGUCCUUUUAGCUGGUAAUGACCUGGAUUUUAUUAAUCGGGUCAAGGUCUUCCUUGACAAGCGUUUUAGCAUCAAGGAUUUGGGGUCUCUUCGGUAUUUUCUGGGACUUGAAGUUGCGCGCUCACCCAGUGGCGUGAUUCUUAGUCAAAGAAAGUACACACUUGAUAUCUUGGAAGAAGCAGGUGUACAAGGAGCUCGACCCAGUUCUUUUCCCGUGGAACAGAAUCAUCAGCUUACUCGUCCUUCAGUGUCUGCGCCAUUGGUGGAUGGCUCUUCUUAUCGUCGUCUUGUUGGUCGUCUUCAGUAUUUGACAGUUACUCGUCCUGACAUCACCUACGGCGUGAACAUUUUAAGUCAGUUUGUUAAUGCUCCUACGCAAGCACAUUUUGAUGCAGCUAUGCGUAUACUGCGGUACUUAAAAUCGUCACCAGGACAAGGUUUGUUUCUUCCAGCUCAAGGUUCGCUCGAUCUCGUGGCUUACUGUGAUGCUGAUUGGGGUGGAUGUCAAACCACUCGUCGUUCCACUACAGGUUUUUAUAUUAGCCUGGGUUCUGCUCCGGUUUCCUGGCGAACGAAGAAACAGAAGGUUGUAGCUCGUUCGUCUGCAGAGGCUGAGUAUCGUGCCAUGGCUAGUACUGUUAGUGAAGUCAUUUGGCUCCGGUGGUUGCUCAGUGAGCUAGGAGUCACUCAAUCAGGUCCGACGCCUCUUUACUGUGAUAAUCAAGCUGCUCUUCACAUUGCAGCUAAUCCUGUUUUCCACGAGCGCACCAAGCACGUGGAGAUGGAUUGUCAUUUUGUGCGUGAGCGUGUUGUUUCUGGUGAUAUUGCGCCACGCAAAAUCAGUUCUGAGUUCCAGUUGGCCGAUCUCUUUACUAAGGGGUUGGGUACAGAUCGUUUUCGUGCUCUUUUGUCCAAGCUGAACGUUCGAGACCUUCACCGUCCAGCUUGCGGGGGCGUAUUGGGCCAGGUUGAUGAUCCGUUCUCAUUGGCCCACACUACUAAGGCUUGCAUGGUCAUGCAACCUUCUACGUAUCCUGGUGGAGUUAGGAAUACUACUGUUACCCUAGCUGAUUUGAUGAAGGAUAUAAACAGACAUGUAAGGCCUGUUGGCCGUGUAACGUAAUAAAAGAAGAACCCUAUUUCUGUGGACGUAGAUCUCACAUACUGUGAGAUUGAACCACGUUAAACAAAGUGUCCUUUUACUU